CACAGAGAUUCCCCGAAAAGAUAAAAUAGAUGAGAUCAGAUUGGAUUAGUGAUGUACUAGGGUAUUGCGUCUCUCCGUCGCGUCUCUCUCUCGCUCUCUCUGGUAUAGCGUCUUCCCGUCGUCUGUUUGAGUCUCAUUAAGAGAGGUGGUGAGUUGGAAUCGUUGAAGCAAUGGAUGGUACUGAAGAAUUAGCUUACAAACCGCCGCCGGAAUUUCAGGAGGAUACAAAGGAGUCACUAGUUGAUCUUAAUCUAACCGACUCGACUGAACUUUGGCUUAUCCAAUGGCCGAUUAAUCAUCCUCCUGAUUUUGAUGAUCAAGAAGUUUCACUGAAUCUUCAUCAAAAUGGACUAUUGGGCACUUUUGCUGGUUCAUCUGGAAAGUCAUAUGACGUGGUCAGUUUCACAGCCCAAACUCCAGACGCAACAGUGUUCUUACCUUCUUCCACGGACUCAAAAAUUGGCAAUGCCCUAUAG